UUGAUUUUAAUUUGCAUUUUAUUGAAUUAAAAGCAGACAAAUCAACAUUCAAGCCAUGUCCACGCGCUGGUACCCCAUCUAUCAACGCGGCAAUCCCCAGUUGCGGGUUUUCCUGCCCAACUUCUGGAUGAAACUGGUGCGGCCGGUGGAGCCGCAGCCGCCCAAUGUGGUGACAUUUUCGGUGUCCACGGAAAUGACGACGCACGAUGUGCGGAGCUACCUGGAGAAGAUCUACAAGCUGCCAGUGAUAGAUGUGCGCACACGCAUUGCCAUGGGCGAGACGAGGCGGGACCAGACCUAUGGCUAUAUCACAAAGAAAGACGAUGUGAAAUACGCUUAUGUAACGCUGCCCAAAACGGAGGUAUUCACCUUUCCCGAGCUGUUCGAAGCGAAGGCCGAGAAGCAGGAGAAGGAGGAUAAAUCGAUGGACGAGUCCAAGGAUGGUUUCCGCAAGUUUCUCGAUCGCAACAAAAAGCGUCCCGGCACGCCCGGCUGGUACUCCAUUUAGACGCAUUUCGUUUUAGGCUUAGGAUUUAAGCUAUUUGUUGUUGUUGUUGCAACGAUGAAUUAAUAAACAUUUAUUUCGAAAGUCC